AUGAACUUUGGAAUGGUUUGUUGCGUACGAGUAGAAGAACCAGAAAAUAGCAGCUCCCUUGGUGGUGGUUUUACGAAGAUUAAGCUAGAAAGUUUCUGGCCCGAAAGCGAUUUCAUUGCGAUUGCUGAACCCGUUUCGAACCAUGCGACGACCACGAUCGGAACGCAGCAGAAGGUACAAAGAGUUCAGCAUCAACAACAGCCGCAGCAGCAGCAACAAUUCCACCAUCACACAACCAUACCGGCAUGGCGCUGUAAGACAUCUAAAUCGACUUCAAAGAUUUCCCUAACGCCGAUGACCGUUGGCAAGAUGAUGGUGGCAAAGAAAUCGACCCCAUCGGGAAUGGUGGCACUCAUGAAACCGAUCAAGCUUACGGGAAAUGGUAACGUUAUUCUAUCAUCGGGAUCGAUCAUUCAAACGGCCAGCGCCGGAAACAAUGGCAAUGGAAGUAGCGGCGGAAGUGCUGGCUCCACUGGUUCGCGCAAAGAGGAAAAGAUCAUGUUUCAGCAUGAGAAUGACGCUAAACCGUGGAAGUGCAAGAGCUGCGGCCGGAACUACAAGUGGAAAAACAGUCUGAAGUGUCACAUCAAGAACGAGUGUGGGGUUCCACCGAAGUACUUCUGCGAGCAGCUGGUGUUGGCGGCAACGGCAACAACCAAAAGGAAAACUGCCGCCACCGUCACCAUUCCCUCGGUUUCACUAGCGUCAUCGUCAUCUUCAUCAGCAUCAUCUUCGUCGUCGUCAUCGUCGUCGUCGUCGUCGUCAUCGUCAUCAUCGUCCACCACCGGCUCGUCAAUGUCCUCGCUCGUCGUUCCAACGUUGUCGUCCUCCGCAACACUGAUUUCCAUACCGUCGCCUCCGUUAGUCGAUGCGACAUAUACUUCCGCGCCUUCCGUUUCCCUUGCACCAUCCGCUGAUAUCAUUUCAAGCAAUAGCACCAGUCUCUUGAUAGCGGCACCACCGGCGGCUAUCACGGAAAUUGAGGUGAAAACCGAAGAAAGUUCACAACCGAUGACACGAUUUUCGCGUCGACGUGUACGCCGUGUUGUAGCGGGCAGUCGGGGUCACCGGGCGCAUAUAAUUUAUUAUUGUGAAUCAAUCGGAAUGGCGGCACCACCCCUCAGCAGCACCUCGGAGGAAGUGGUUGGAGGCGGCAGUGGUGGUAACAUCUCUAGUGACCACGUUACCGCCGGCAGCAGUGGCAAUAGCUACCCCGCUGUAAGCACCACCAGCACUACCGGUAGUGGGAACAACAAUAAUAGUGCCAGCGUUUGCAGUAGCAGCAACACUGUGGCGGCUGCGGUAGCCGCCUUAGUCAGUAGUAAAGCCAUGGCCGAAUACAUCAAGCCUGAUGUAGUGGCUAGUUUGGCACAAUCGUCACCAAUCCUUUCGCCUCCCCUAAUCGGUGGUAGUGGAUCAUCUCAACAACAGCAGCAGCAGCAACAGCAGCAUCAACAUCAACGUCAACAGGCGAAGCAGGAACAGAAGGUGCCCCUGUUGUCGCCGAAAUCGCCACCGAUUGAUGAACAACCGUGCGAUCUGCGAAUGCUGACGCCUGCAACCUAUCUGCGUGAGUUCCCCGGUGGCACGACACCGGAGUCGAUAGCUGCAGCGGCGGCCGCAGCGGUCCAGCUCGCUGCCUCUGCCCAAACCGGUAGUUCCAGCACGGCGGCUGCAUUACCGAUGCCAUUGUUCAAGGGCAUGUGCAUGACGCCGCCCCCUGCCCCCGUAGUGCCUUCGCCAAUCGCCGGCGAUGCAGUCACGAUGGCAGAAUGUAUCAUACAGCAGCAGGAACUGAUUGUGAAGGAAGAGGAAACGGAGUGUUUGACCGAACAGGCCGAAACACCGGUCAAUGUCAAGAAGGAGACAAUGAGCGAGCUCGAGGAAGAAGAGCUGGACGAAUCGGCGGAAUUGUUUGACAAACAUGCUGACACACUUGUCGAGCUGUGGAGUGAUUAUUACAAUUUCGGAUCCCUGACGGACGACCUGUACGGUCGGGGCGAUGCCCAGGGCCGCCUCAAUCAGGCCCGCCUGGUUGGGCGAAAAAAUGGACAGAACUAUCCCUGCCUCAAGUGCGGCAAAUGGUACUCGACCCGCAGCAUCAUGCUUCGCCACAUGAACCACGAGUGCGGUGUGGAGAAGAAGAUACAGUGUAAGUUUUGCUACAAAAAGUUUCGUCGCAAAUGGAAUCUCGAGCAGCACAUCAAGCGGUUGCAUAUGAGCGAAAAGCGGAAGCAUCACCACCACCAUCAUCAUCAUCACCACCAUCAUCAACAACAGCAGCAGCAACAGCAGCAGCAACAGCAGCAACAGCAGCAACAGCAACAAUCGCAACAACCUGAACAGCAAACGCAACAACAGACCAGCCAAGUUUCCGAUGGAAAUUGACACGCUGCGUUCCGAAUGCCAUGUGAGUCGCAUGGAAAAGCAUCGUUCAGUGGUGCAGGGUACCAUUGGGAGAUGUGAAGAAAGUGUGCCAAACGGGGAGUAUCCUUACUGG